AUGAGUUCUAAUCAAAACUCUCAAAAUGAACAGUUUCGAGUUGUCGAAGGAGGUGGACGUCCAGGCGUGAACGAAUCGACUAACAACCCGCAAUUCUGGACUUUUGACACAGUCAGGUUUAAGAACCCCAAGCCUGGGGUAUCUCAAGGGCCGUAUAAAGUCGAGAGCUGGGUUGAGCAGGCGGGUAUUAUCACAUAUACCAUCUCCCUUGAUCCAGAUGGCCGCGUUGAGCUAGAAAAUGUACAAGAAGAUGAACUAGAAAAAGUUUCCUCUUGA